CGCGCGCGGCGGCGGCGGUGGCAGCGCGGGCUCCGGCGAGCUCGUGUGGCCCGGGCGCGCAGGCGCGGGCCCGGGCUCCGUCGCUGUGGCGGCCGCGCGUGUGCACGAGGCGCGGCGUGGAGGCGACAGUCCCCGCGGGCGCAGUGGCGGGCUCGUCCACCCGGAGCAGUCGCCGAUGCGGGAGUUACGUCAAAGGCGCUGGUCAGCGCGCCCUCUUUUAUGAAAACGGAACAAGAGAUUGCCUAUAGGGUUAACAUGAGAUUGCGUAGAAUCCUUUUUAUUCGUUCAAGCCAAAGAAGUAAAACUGGCCAUCUUUCAGUCUAGCGCGCAUCGCAUCCCCACUGGGGUUGCACUUUUUACCCCACUGCUGUGCACAGGAUGCCUGAAGGGAAGUCUCCUGACAAAAAAAGGCCCCGUAGAAGCCUGCAAGCCAGCAAAACUAAAAACAAUGCCUCUAUUACUUCGUUUUUUAACAAUGCACCACCCCCUAGACUUGCCUGCCCCGUUUGUAGUAAAAUGGUGCCCAGAUACGAGCUCAACCGGCACCUUGAUGAGAUGUGUGCUAACCGUGAAGAGAUUAUUCAGAUUGGCCCGGUGCAGGUGGGAGAAAUGAAUUCAGAUUCACCUACAGUAGAGGUAACUAGUGUGGCCUUAGAAGAUGCAACCCGAGAAACAUUGUCACCACCAAGAAGUCUAACCCCUGGCCAGAGUGGUCCCGUGAAAGUGGGUGUAAAACAGACUAGUCCCUAUUUUAAAAGUAAUGCGGCCACAGUAUGCAGAAAUCAGGAAGAACUGAAAAAUCACAAUGUGAAGGUCAUUUCUUUGGGGAGCCUGUCAUCUAAACUGUCGAGAAAGUACAUAAAGGCUAAAAGGUCUCUGGGGAAGACUGAGGAACUGGCCAGUCAUUGGCCACAGAGUGCUGUACCCACAGCUGUGAGGAGCGUGGCUGAUCACAGUUCAGAAGUUGAGAAGGAUGAAGAUUUGAAUAGUUCUCAAAAGGAAAACAUUUUUACAUGUGACUCGGUAAAGGAAGGGAAUACUCCUGAAUGCCUGGUGAUUAGUAAUAAAAAAACAGAAGCUGAAAGCCCAAAGGCUUCCCAGGACCGUGGGAACUUCGCCUUCAGCCCUGGCCUGUCGCACAAAGCUCUCGUAGGAUUUUCACCAGAUUUAACGCUCCGAAAGAGUUUGAAGUCCUCUUCAGAAGACGGGCUUGUAACGCAAGAGGAUAUUAAAGGAAUAGAUGGGCAAGGUGUGGAAAACCGUGAGGUGUGCAGUGGGGAAGGAGUAGAAAUCACUGUUGCUUCCGAAGUCAAAGCACUGUUUUCAGGUUCAGAGGCAAAAUCUCCUCUUUCUACCAAUGAUGGUUCUAAAGGGCGUGACGUGCCAGUAUCUCUGGAGGGUGACGGCGACCCCCAGGAUGAAAUGGUUUGCAGCCUUCCGCUGGAGCUGGGGUCAGGCUGUGAUGCUCCCGGUAACAUGGCUGGAACAGUCCCAAGUCAUCCUUACUAUCUUCGGAACUUCCUCAUGGUCCUGAAAGCCGUCCUGGAGGACGAAGGUGACAGGCUGCUCUUUGAUGAUGGGGAUAAGGAAGUUAUCACCAGAUUUUACCAGCUAUCAGCCAGUGGUCAGAAGUUAUACGUAAGGCUCUUUCAACGAAAGUUAACCUGGAUUAAAAUGAACAAGUUAGAAUACGAAGAGAUUGCUGCAGACUUAACACCUGUGGUUGAAGAGUUACAGCGUGCAGGCUUCCUCCAGACAGAAUCUGAGUUACAAGAGCUCUCCGAAGUCCUUGAACUCCUCUCGGCUCCUGAACUGAAAGCCCUGGCCAAGACCUUCCAUCUGGUGAACCCCAGCGGACAGAAGCAGCAGCUGGUCGACGCCUUUCUCAGACUGGCCAGGCAGCGCUCAGUCUGCACCUGGGGCAAGAGUCAGCCUGGAAUUGGCGCUGUGAUCUUGAAAAGAGCUAAAGGCUUGGCUGGACAGUCACUCCGAGUCUGUAAAGGUCCCAGGGCUGUGUUUUCUCGAAUCUUACUCCUGUUUUCAUUGACUGACUCUGUGGAAGAUGAAGAAGGUGCUUGUGGUGGUCAAGGUCAGCUUUCUACCGUGCUUUUGGUCACUCUUGGCCGAAUGGAAUUUCCUAGAUAUACCGUCAACCGAAAAAUCCAGGUCUUCCAAGACAGAGAGGAUCUUAUUAGGUACGCAGCGGCUGUGCAUACGCUGAGUGACAUUUCCGCCGCCAUGGCCAGUGGGAACUGGGCUGAAGCCAAGGAGCUGUCUGACGGUGCAAAGAGGGAGUGGAGCAAACUGAAAGACCACCCUUCCCUGAGGUACCAUGAGAAUUUACCCCUCUUCCUGCGGUGCUUUACUGUUGGGUGGAUUUACACGCGGAUUUUGUCCCGGACUGUUGAGAUACUGCAGAGACUUCAUAUGUAUGAGGAAGCCGUGGAGCAACUUGAAAACCUUUUGUCUCAGGAAGUUUACUGUCCUGACAGCAGAGGCCGAUGGUGGGAUCGACUGGCUCUCAACCUGCACCAGCACCUGAAGCGCCUGGAGCCGGCGGUCAGAUGCAUCACCGAGGGGCUGGCAGAUCCACAGGUGAGGACGGGGCACCGCCUCUCCCUCUAUCAGCGAGCCGUGCGCCUGCGGGAGUCGCCGAGCGGCAAGAAGUACAAGCAUCUCCUCCGCCAGCUGCCGGAAAUCGCUCUGGAAGACGUUAAACACGUGACCAUCACGGGCAGGCUGUGCCCACAGCACGGGAUGGGCAAGUCCACGUUUGUCAUGGAGGCUGGGGACACUGCAGCCCCCACCACAGUCCUCUGCUCCGUGGAGGAGCUCGCGCUGGACCACUACAGACGCAGUGGCUUUGACCAAGGUAUUCACGGGGAGGGCGCCACCUUCAGCACCUUGUGCGGCCUCCUCCUGUGGGACGAGGUCUUCAUGGAUGGGAUCCCGGACGUCUUCAGAAACGCCUACCAGGCAUCCCCGCUGGAUCUGUGCACGGACAGCUUCUUCACUAACAGGAGGCCAGCACUUGAAGCCAGGUUGCAGCAGAUUCACAAUGCAUCUGCAGAGAGUCUGCGGGCCUGGGUGGCCGCCACAUGGCAGGCCCAGGAGGGCCGGGUGUCUUCCCUCAUCAGCUGGGAUCUCUUCACCUGUCUUCAGCAAGCUCAGGAUCUCGUCUCCUGCCUGGGGGGGCCCAUCCUCAGCGGCGUGUGCAGGCGCCUGCUGGCUGACUUUCGACACCGCCGAGGCGGCCUCCCCGACCUGGUGGUGUGGAACUCCCAGAGCCGGCAGGUCAAGUUGGUGGAGGUGAAAGGGCCCAGCGAUCGUCUUUCCCCUAAGCAGGUGAUCUGGCUGGAUGAGCUACAGAAGCUGGGGGCCGAAGUAGAAGUCUGCCACGUGACUGCAGUUGGAGCCAAGAGCAAGGGCCUGGGCUGAAAGCAGUGGAGUGGAGUGUCUGCUCAUGCUGAUAAAUGACUUUUAAAAGUAUAAGGCAGCAUUAAAUUGUAGUUUUGAUUUUUCAUUGUCAGUAAUAGACCUGAUAGCUUAAUGAUUCAUCACUGCACAGUGUAUGUGUAUCACAAAGCUUGGUGGUGUCUGCUUGAAUACACCAGUUGAUUCCACACAGUGUAUAAUAAACUUUUUUCAAAAAAAAAAAAAA